AAUUUGAAUAAAAAAAAUUAAUGGAUCUGCAAAAUCUUAGUUAAUUGAGGCAACUGAGAUAUUUGGAUGCAUCGGCAAAGUUGUAUCGCUGAGUCGUCGACGGGAAGAAAAUUGAAAGAGAAUUGGAUUCCUUCUUCAUUUUCAGUCAAAGGAUUUUUAUCUCCGACGAAACAGAAAGGAAUCGCUGAUUUUUUUCCAUACAUAUACCUCUUUCUUGCUUCAUCCAAAAUUCAAAUUCAACUGCUACAUCUCAGUACAUAUUUGGCGUGGUGAAAGCUGCUGGAGCUCCUAGUACCAGAGGGAUUGUUACUGGACAGCUUUAGUUGACUUUCUUGUGAGGCUUAGGUUUUAUUCUACCUCACGUGUAUAAAGCAAUUGAUGAAGAGAAAGAAAUCAACUACUUGCAGAGAUUAAAUGGCCAUUGUGGUUGAUGAUGUAUAGAUGGAGAGAACACUUCUCAAACGAGCUUUACAGAUACACCAAUUGUUUGCUGGGGAUUGAUACUAGAUUGUGCGAUGCUGAACCUCAAACUCUCUCACAAUCCGCUCAUACAAUAUAGGCCAAUACGAACCUCUGAUUUAGAAGUACUUGAGAAAAUCCAUGGGGAUCUGUUCCCGAUCAGAUAUGAGUCUGAGUUCUUCCAAAAUGUUGUUAAUGGACGGGACAUUGUGUCAUGGGGAGCUGUUGAUCGUAAUCGACCCAAUGAGCAAAGUGACGAGCUUAUUGGAUUUGUGACUGCCCGGACUGUUCUAGCAAAAGACAGUGACAUAGAAGAAUUUCUGAGGUAUGACUCAUCUAGAUCAGAGCAAACACUGAUUUACAUCUUGACUCUGGGGGUUGCAGACUCUUAUAGAAAUCUUGGAAUAGCCAGUUCUCUAAUUCGCGAGGUCAUAAAAUAUGCCUCGAACAUCCCGAUUUGUCGAGCAGUUUACCUACAUGUGAUCUCAUAUAAUAACCCUGCCAUAUACUUGUACAAGAAAAUGUCCUUUCAGUGUGUGAGGAGGCUGUCUGCCUUUUAUUUUAUUAAUGGUCAGCAUUACGAUGCGUACUUGUUCAUCUACUAUGUGAAUGGUGGUCGCUCUCCUUGCUCACCCUUUUUUCAGCUUGAGGAUUUGUUAGAGAGGCCAUUGAGCAAAUCUGCUGUUGCAAACUCUUGGACCACUAUAUUUCCCAGAGAGCUCAUUAAGCUUAUAGUUACUGGAGCAAAGAGUGGAUUCAGGAUGGUAGCUGCCAAGCUUUGGAGGAAAGAGGACAGAAAGCCUUCCAAGUGGUCCAAAUGCAAGGAGUCUGGCUCCCUUCUUCCAACAAAACAUAACAAGAGGAUGCCAACCGAGGGUGCUCUGUCUCAAUUCGUUUAAUCCUCUACUACUAGCUUCUGCAUUUUAGUCGAUAUUGGAAAUGGACGCAAACGUUGGAAAGAAAGGUUAUUUGAUCUUUUAUCUGUUGUCUUUUUUAACAUUAUGUUUUACCUGUACCUAGAAGAACAAACCAUUUCUGAUGUUCUUCGUCUUCUGUGCUUGUGAUUUACUUGUUAAUAUGUAAAUUCUUUUGAAAAGUCACCCAAAAAAUUUAAUAAUAUGUGUCGAGAAUUGAGAUGAA